GGUCGACAAAUCCAACAAUUAGCCAAAAUCAAAGUUCAGCUUGACUUGAAUACUUUGGAGCUGCCUUCGUGGCGCUUUCAUAGACGUGUAUAACAUUCAUACUUAAUUAAUAUAGCGCGUGUGUAUGUGUGUGAACGGGUUGUGCUUUGUUGUCGCCGAUAGCCCUAUUUCUGACUAGUUUUCACAUGUGAUAACAAACGGAGUUGGCUUUAAUGUGGCUUUGGGACUAUAUUAUGCAAAUAAAGCAACGCCAGGAAGCGCGUCGUAACGUCAGGGUGCCCAUUGUCUACAUUGGCAUAGGUGCCGCUGCCUUCUGCGCACUAUACUUAGUGUUUGGAUAUGGUGCUCAGCUUUUGUGCAACAUAAUCGGUGUGGCAUAUCCCGCAUACAUCUCCAUACAUGCCAUUGAGUCUAGCACCAAGCUGGACGAUACAAAAUGGCUCACUUACUGGGUUACAUUUGGCAUUCUGACUGUCAUCGAGUUCUUUUCGGGUGUGUUGACUCAUGUAAUACCUUUCUACUGGCUGUUAAAGUGCGUAUUUCUUGUUUGGUGCAUGCUGCCUACAGAUAGCAACGGUUCUUACGUUAUUUACAACAAACUGGUGCGACCCUACUUCCUGAAGCAUCAUGGUGCCGUUGACAAAAUCAUAGACGACGCAAAAGAGAGGGCCUCUAACGUGCUGAAGCGUGAUUAAACAAACCAUUACUCCAGCAUUUCUAGCGUCCAAGGCAUGCCUAUCAAUUUACAAAUUUUUUAGUCUUCUUUGUCACCCUUCUCGGUUAGAAUUUGCGUAUGCAUAGCUGUAAAUUUUUAAGUUUGUAAUGGAUUACUGUUAAAAAGCACGGAUUAGGAUGUGUUACACACUUUACAGAAGAAACAAUUUAAAAAUGUAUGGAGCUAUUUAAACAAAA